UCUAUUGCUGUAGAAAUGUGAGCAAUUAUUAAUUGUUUGUUGCUAGACAUGUCAUAAAUAUUGAAUUUGAUUGGCCUACCCUUCAAUAAAAUGUUCAAUGUUUAUCAUUACAUUAGAACAUUGACUACAGAACGCCCACGAUGCUGAAUAGGAAACAUGACAGAUCAUGACACUAAUUAAGAACUCUAUCAUAUAUCUGUUGCAUUCAAUUGCCAUCUCCAUUUCUCUAUUGCUGUAGAAAUGUGAGCAAUUAUUAAUUGUUUGUAGCUAGACCUGUCAUAAAUAUUGAAUUUGAUUGGCCUACCUUUCAAUAAAAUGUUUAAUGUUUAUCAUUACAUUAGAUUCACAUGAUAUAGAAAAGUGCUCUAGCUGCGUGUCCAGAGAUUUAGUGCUGCCUUGUCUAUAUCAGUCUCUAAUGGAUAUUAAUACACGGUGAUAAUAGGAUUGGCAGGGUGAUGCCCUGAGGUUUAGUGAUGGUGAGCCACUCCAUUCACACACACUGUAUCUUCUCUACUGCUGGACUUAAAGGAUGAGGGAUCCGCAACUACCAGGACUCAAAUCCAGACUAGCGUGGCCGAAACGCAAGGACAAGGAGGAUAAGAAAGCCAAGCCAAGUGAGACGAGUGUAACGCCAUUGGAUAAAACACCCAAAGUCCUUUCAACCUGUCCUAUUAUACCAGAACUGACCCCAGAACAGAGGAUGAGGCAGACACCGUUUGAGAGGGUGCUUUAUGACAUGAACCAUGACCAGAGGGUAGUCAACGACCUCAUACUGGGCCGGAGGAUCUCCUUCUACGAGCUCAGGGGGGAAAUAGGGUGUGGGAACUUCUCCCACGUUAGAUUGGGUAUCCAUGCCCUGACUAAAGAGAGGGUCGCAAUCAAGAUUUUGGAUAAGCUUCGGCUGGACAAGAAGUCUCAGUCUCUGUUUGCCACAGAGAUCAGCUGUAUGGAGAAACUGUCCCACCCUAACAUUGUUCGUCUCUAUGAGGUGAUUGAGACCACCAAGCGCCUGUACCUGGUGAUGGAGUACGGUAGUGGAGGAGAUCUCUACUCACGUAUCACCAACCGGGGGCGUCUGUCUGACCUGGAGACCAAGCUCAUCUUUGCCCAGAUCAUCUCUGCCAUCAAACACAUGCAUGACAACAACAUCGUCCACCGAGACCUGAAAGCAGAGAACAUCUUUUACACCACCAGCUACUGCAUCAAGGUGGGAGACCUUGGCUUCAGUAUCGUGAGUGCUCCAUCUGAAGUCCUCACCACGUUCUGUGGCUCCCCACCCUACGCCGCUCCAGAGCUCUUCAAAGACAAAGGCUACGUGGGUCGUUACGUGGACAUCUGGGCCUUGGGAAUCCUGCUCUACUUCAUGGUCACCGCCACCAUGCCUUUCCACGCCGACAACCUUGGUCGUUUGAAGCGCUGUAUCAUGCAGGGAGCCUACGCCUUCCCUGACUAUGUACCCAACCCCUGCCAACUGGCCAUAAAGGGCAUGCUGAGGUCCGUGCCCGCCGACCGUGACUCCAUCUCCCUGAUAAUGACCAGCACGUGGCUGAAGAGCAUUGAGUACCCUCGGGCGUACGCCCCCCUGCCCCAGACACCCUUUCACAUGGCUGAGACCUCCCAGGUCCUGUGUGUGGAGGAGCAGGAGGUGAAGUCGGCCCUGUCUGAUCUGGGCAUCAAGGGAGUCCACCUGCAGAACAACACCUAUACAGACAAUCGCAGCCCCCUGACGGGGACGUACCGUAUCCUCCUCCACCUCGUCCAGAAGAGGAGGUCUGUGGAGGCGGUGGGAUACGCAGCCCUUUACCCUGAGGACUUUGGCAGUAAGAACGGCAGGACGACCACUGCUGUUAUGGACAAGCACAACCCUACCAGUGUCUGUGUUAUCCUAUAGACCAGGGAUUUUGCAACAGAUUUUGAACUAGGGACUGGAAAAUUAUGGAUCUUCUCUUUGGAUUUAAACAAACAAUUUUGGUGGGCCACUUAUAUUGAAAUUGAACACUUGAGAAGUGAAGUUCUCCCAUAACUAUGAACUAUCUGAGGGACCUGUCAGCAACAUCUCAGGAACCAGUGCUGCUCCAUGGACCUCCAUGGAGGUUAAGAAAUAAUGCUACAGAGUCUGGCCUCCUGUUUAGCCAGGCUCCACCAGAAGAGAAUGUAACCGAUGUGAAAUGGCUAGCUAGGUAGCGGUGGUGCGCGCUAGCAGCCUUUCAGUCGGUGACGUCACUUGCUUUGAACCAGCCGCGGCUUUUGUGGAGCGAUGGGUAACGAUGCUUCGUGGGUGACUGUUGUUGAUGUGUGCAGAGGGUCCCUGGUUCGCGCCCGGGUCGGGGCAAGGGGACGGACUAGAGCUAUACUGUUACACACGCACGGACACACACACACCACAAAUGCACACACACAUACACAGACACACACGCACAGACACACACGCACACACCACAAACACACACCACAAACACACAUACACACAUUACACUCACGGAUUUGUUGUCACUUAUUCGUAGCAGUACAGAUGAUAGAUAGAUAAAUAGCACCAUCUUGUGCUCACAUUAAUCAUUACAUUUCAGUACUUCUAAAAAAUCCGUGAGAAAGAUACAAUGGUGAAAAGGUUAAGAUUUCAGGGUUGUACUGUAAAGUACAUUAAUUAUAUUGCAGCUUUAUGUACUAACAAGGCUACAGUAAUUGACUUCAGCUUGUUGUGACGUUACAUCACUCAAUAGGCCUAUGUUUUGUACAAUUGGCUUACAGCGAGAGACAAAGGAUUAAUAAUACUAUCAGCAUCAGCAUCUUCCAAGCCUACAUAGUACUGUGCUUCGUCAAAAUACACUGCUCAAAAAAAUAAAGGGAACACUAAAAUAACACAUCCUAGAUCUGAAUGAAUGAAAUAUUCUUAUUAAAUACUUUUUUCUUUACAUAGUUGAAUGUGCUGACAACAAAAUCACACAAAAAUGAUCAAUGGAAAUCAAAUUUAUCAACCCAUGGAGGUCUGGAUUUGAAAUCACACUCAAAAUUAAAGUGGAAAACCACACUACAGGCUGAUCCAACUUUGAUGUAAUGUCCUUAAAACAAGUCAAAAUGAGGCUCAGUAGUGUGUGUGGCCUCCACGUGCCUGUAUGACCUCCCGACAACGCCUGGGCAUGCUCCUGAUGAGGUGGCGGAUGGUCUCCUGAGGGAUCUCCUCCCAGGCCUGGACUAAAGCAUCCGCCAACUCCUGGACAGUCUGUGGUGCAACGUGGCGUUGGUGGAUGGAGCGAGACAUGAUGUCCCAGAUGUGCUCAAUUGGAUUCAGGUCUGGGGAACGGGUGGGCCUGUCCAUAGCAUCAAUGCCUUCCUCUUGCAGGAACUGCUGACACACUCCAGCCACAUGAGGUCUAGCAUUGUCUUGCAUUAGGAGGAACCCAGGGCCAACCGCCCCAGCAUAUGGUCUCACAAGGGAUCUGAGGAUCUCAUCUCGGUACCUAAUGGCAGUCAGGCUACCUCUGGCGAGCACAUGGAGGGCUGUGCGCCCCCCCAAAGAAAUGCCACCCCAUACCAUGACUGACCCACCGCCAAACCGGUCAUGCUGGAGUAUGUUGCAGGCAGCAGAACGUUCUCCACGGCGUCUCCAGACUCUGUCACGUCUGUCACAUGUGCUCAGUGUGAACCUGCUUUCAUCUGUGAAGAGCACAGGGCGCCAGUGGCGAAUUUGCCAAUCUUGGCGUUCUCUGGCAAAUGCCAAACGUCCUGCACGGUGUUGGGCUGUAAGCACAACCCCCCCCUGUGGACGUCGGGCCCUCAUACCACCCUCUCAUGGAGUCUGUUUCUGACCGUUUGAGUAGACACAUGCACAUUUGUGGCCUGCUGGAGGUAAUUUUGCAGGGCUCUGGCAGUGCUCCACCUGCUCCUCCUUGCACAAAGGCGGAGGUAGCGGUCCUGCGUCUGGGUUGUUGCCCUCCUACGGCCUCCUCCACGUCUCCUGAUGUACUGGCCUGUCUCCUGGUAGCGCCUCCAUGCUCUGGACACUACGCUGACAGACACAGCAAACCUUCUUGCCACAGCUCGCAUUGAUGUGCCAUCCUGGAUGAGCUGCACUACCUGAGCCACUUGUGUGGGUUGUAGACUCCGUCUCAUGCUUCCACUAGAGUGAAAGCACCGCCAGCAUUCAAAAGUGACCAAAACAUCAGCCAGGAAGCAUAGGAACUGAGAAGUGGUCUGUGGUCACCACCUGCAAAACCACUCCUUUAUUGGGGGUGUCUUGCUAAUUGCCUAUAAUUUCCACCUGUUGUCUAUUCCAUUUGCACAACAGCAUGUGAAAUUUAUUGUCAAUCAGUGUUGCUUCCUAAGUGGACAGUUUGAAUUCACAGAAGUGUGAUUGACUUGGAGUUACAUUGUGUUGUUUAAGUGUUCCCUUUAUUUUUUUGAGCAGUGUAUAACUGGGGUCGUGGAAGGACAUGGCUAAUGUGUCUUAGCUGUGAUACAGGAAAAGUGCUUCGUUCAGAUAUUAAUUGUAAGGGAGUCAGGCAUGAAGCACUGGCCAAUGCCCUGAUAUUUGAAUUACAAUACUUAGGUUUAUCCUCAAACACUUGUAUGCCUUCAACAUUAAUGUAAGUAUAACAAGCAUAUUCUUGAGGUAAAUUCACAAGCUCUAUUCACAGGUACAUUGUACAAUUUGUAAAACAUAAAUGUUUUGUGCACAGAUCUUUAUUUUGGCUAUUCAGCGGCUUGGAAGUGAAAUGUUUUGUCUGAAGAUGAAUAUCUUUAUUAUGAUAUAAUGUAAUUAAACUGCAGUAAAACAUUGCUUAUGUAGAUAUUUUUGUACAGUCAUUUUAUAAAUGCUUUACUGAUAUACUUUAUGUGGAUUAAGUAUAUCAGUAAAGUAUUUAUAAAAUGUUAAUAAAUAUUAUUUGCUUUUGUAUGUGCCCAUUAAUGCUCAAGAGAAAUGUCAUUUGAAUAUUAGCCUGACAUGAGUAAAAAAAAAUAUUGUAUUGUGUAUUGCUAUACCAUUUAAAUAAUAAAAAAAACAACAACAUACAAAU